AUCUGCCCGAGUCCCUGUACGGCAGGACCGCAGCAUCGAUCGCUUGCUCGGGCCACACGGGAGCCGAUUCCACUACGUCAGCCCGGCCUGCAACUGCGCACCCCAACUUCCAACUCUUCUUCACCUUUGUCCUCCGCCCCGUAUCAUUUUCGCGUCGCCCGUCGCCCGCGCAAUCUCCUACUCGCUCAUUGAGGCGACCACUCACCGCGAGCCAUGUCGUCGCGAGAUCAGCAAGGCGAAUCCUCGGCCGCCCCUACGCUCCCCCGGGGCGCAACCACUUACGCACAGGCAGCCUCUGCCACCUCCCAACCCUAUGGCCAGCCUUCACACGACUCCCCAGCCCCUAAAUCCUCCUCGAAGCGCAAGAAGAAUCGUGGCGGCAAGAAGAGAAGAAGGCGCCAGUCCUUUGCCGCGCCCUCCGAUCAUAUCGAUGCUGUGUCUGAUGCCGCUGCCGCCGGACGACCCAGUUUGGCCGACGUAACCAGCGAGCAGGCUACUAGGGAUAGCUUCUAUCGCCUAGUCACGAAUCGCAGCAACACUAGUCUCGAAAGCGAAGCUUUGUUGGAUCACCGCGAACAAGGUCCGUUGAGAACGCGCCGGCAAAGCAUCAUGGGUAGCUUCUACAGCCCUCGGGCCAGCCAGCCCUACAAUCGAGCCUCCCCGAGCCACCGUUCGUCGCAAGCCUAUCCUUUCCCUCCGCCACCAAAACUCCAAGGCGCUCCCAAGUUGUCGAGAGCCGAUAGAGACGAUGACGAAGCCGAAGAUGAAGCGGAUGACCGCACGCCGCUGAUGGGCUCUUCGAAGAAAACAAGCCCAAGAUUAGGCAGUAGUGGAGGUUAUGGCGGCUUCUCGAGCGUUCGGCCUAACGACCGUGGUCGCCGAAAGUCUUCCAGUACCAUUUCAUCCGUGUCGAGCAAGAAGAAAAAGAGGUUAGCCCCCAGGCCAGGCGUUCCUCACCAGAGAUCGUCCAACACUGUGGACGAUUAUGAUGUCAACAAUCCUCCUUCUGUACCGGGCAGCCCAAGACUCGAGUCUAACAUGGGCUUCGACGAUGUUAUGCUUACUGGUGAUCUGACGCGCUCAAGAUCGCCGGAUUCAGGUCGCAAGCCAAGGCCAAUUUCCCGCGAUGCUAUCAUCAACAUCGAUGAAGAUGCCAUUGAAGGAGGGUCUGGGGGAUCUUCACCACGCUCUACUCGCGAGAAACCGGGAAGCUCUCGAAGGCAGGCCGAGGAACAUCCAGCUGAAUAUGAUGUCUGCUUCCCGCAAGAAACGAUGUCUGAGAUAGGCCACGAAGAAUAUUCUCACUUUCCUGAAGGCACAACCCGCACGCGCCGCAGGAGAAGAAAGCCCUGGCCCAACCUUUCUGUUUUGGAAGAAUGGGCGACAGAAGAGAAAGAACAGCGCACUCUCGAAGGCAUCCGAGCACGAAAGGUCAAUGAACCGCUUUUCGUUGAAGGGCGGCUGCGACCACAGAAGAGGGCCUGGCAUCGGGAAGAGGAUGAUGCACCAUUCCGGUUCACCUAUUUCAACGAAGACUUUGAGAGUACGCUUCACAGUCAUACGCUCUCUGAGCUGCUGCAGGAAGGCCAGACGUUCCGCGAGCUAUUCAUUCCCGAUCCCCCUGUUUUAUCGGACGAUAGCUCCUCUGAUGAAGAAGAGGAACGAAGCACUCCAUUCAAUGUGAAUGCACAGAGCAAAGCCGCAUCACCGAACAUAGGGUCGCGAGGGGCAUCACAGCAAAGACUACGCGUUGAGAAUAAGUUACAUUCUUCUGGAGAACAAACUGGAGAAACAACGCCAAUCCUUUCGCACACACCAACGCAGAAGAAACCGAUAUACGGGGCCCGCCCAGUGUUUUGGCUUGACAUUCUCUCUCCAACAGAAGCCGAGAUGAAGACCAUAACGCGAACCUUCGGUAUACAUCCUCUAACUCACGAGGAUGUUAUGAUGCAAGAAGCUCGUGAAAAAGUAGAACUUUUCCACAACUACUAUUUCGUCAACUACCGCACUUUCGAGCAGGACACCAACAGCGAAGACUACCUAGAGCCGGUUAAUAUUUACUUUAUUGUUUUCAGGGAAGGGGUGAUUAGUAUCCACUUUUCGAUGACUCCUCAUAUGGCCAAUGUUCGCCGCAGGAUCCGGCAGCUCCGGGAUUACCUGAUCCUCAGCUCCGACUGGAUUGCCUACGCCAUAAUUGAUGACAUCACUGAUGUCUAUGCGCCUUUGAUUCAGAAAAUCGAAGACGAAGUGGACGACAUCGAUGAUGCUAUUCUGAGGUUACACAAUCCAGAGGAAAAUCUCGACAACAAGCCCAAGAAUAACGCGAAAUCGAAAGAACUCGAGUACGAAAAGCAGUCCGAUCUGCCAGAUGGAACUGCUGGCGACUCGGGCGGGAACAUGCUUCGUCGGGUUGGAGAAACUAGAAAAAAGGUCAUGGCGCUUUACCGGCUGCUGGGCAACAAGGCCGAUGUGAUCAAAGGUUUCGCCAAGAGGUGCAAUGAGCAAUGGGAAGUUGCGCCCAAGACCGAGAUUGGCCUCUACUUGGGAGAUAUCCAGGACCACAUUGUUACCAUGACCGGAAAUCUGAGCCACUACGAAAGCCUCCUAUCCCGUGCGCACGGCAACUAUCUGGCGCAGAUCAACAUUCGUAUGAACGAGCGCGCCGAGCAGACGAACGACGUACUCGGCAAGUUGACCGUUCUCGGUACUAUUGUUCUGCCUAUGAACAUUGUUACCGGCAUGUGGGGCAUGAACGUCACGGUUCCGGGCCAAGAGAUCGAAAGUCUCUGGUGGUUCUGGGGUAUUACAGCAGGCCUCAUCCUGUUUGGGGUCACUUCCUUCUUCAUCUGCAAAAGGUAUUUCACCCCUGUCUUCAAUUAAUCGCGGUUCUUGCUUUUGGACGGCGGCAUUUCUCGUUUACCGCGCAGUUUGAAUCCCCCUACAUUUGGAUCGGGUUUACGGUGUAGUGUGAUCACUUGGCCGGGCUACGACGCGGUCAAAGGCAUCGGGGAUGCUAGAGGUAGUGGUCUUUGCGCCAUUUAGGGCUUUGUAUAGUGCUACUGCAAGUACAUCAAGCAGACAAUGAUUCGAAAUAAAACAACUGUCAUUUUGUGAGAGAUGAUUCCAAUUUACAGAGGCCUAAAACACGAACUUCCGGGCCAAACAUGUUUGAUGAUUCGAAACUUCGUUUCCGUAACGGCAGCCGCAACUACGCAGAGU